UCGAGUUUGGUAACUCUAGGAUGUAGUUUAGAUGUCUGCAUUUCCCCCCCUUUAAACCCGUGGACUGGAAUAGAUUCGAUACGAAAGUGGUAUGGACUACAUUGUUCACCUCUCUUGUGCGCAGCUGUGAGGCAUCCCUUCAUCCACUUGUUGCAUGAACCCUGUAUCCUACAACUGUGCUGAGACAAGAACACUCAACGCAAAAGCCACUGCGGCAACAGGUUUGCCCAACUCUUCCGUCGAUUUGGGUAGGCUGAAAGUAUUCGAAAAUCAGUUUAGCCUACUUUAUGGAAAUUCUAUUCGUUUUUAUUUAUUUAUUUUUUUUAAAAAUAGGCUUAUAAAAAACAACUAUUAAAGUUUAAUACAUAGGCUAAUAGCCUGGAUAUCGAAUGUCUGACACUGGAGAGAUUCGUCUGAAAUAACUCUACCAGUGUAGUCUUUCAAAUAGGCUUUUUUUUUUUAGAUUAGAGUACGAGAAGCGGUUUUCUGUUCAAGAUGCCCGUGUUGAUGAGUCCGGAUAUUGCCACGAAGUUUAAAGAGAAAUGGAUGCUGCUCCAUCCAGAUGACAGGGAUAACGUCAACGGUGCCGUAAACCUGGACGAUAGCCUGACUAGUUUGCACUGGCUUCAGAAUUUUUCUAUUCUGAGCGCUAACCCCGAGAAAGGUCCCAGCUCUGGCUGUCACCCGUCUCACAUCUACUACAACAAACACCUGCCUCUAUGGGGUACCGACUCUCCCUCCAGUCCUCCCGCCGGAGACACCGCGGCGACAGGGAUGCCGCAAACUCCCGGGACGUCUUGCAGCCACUCGACCAUCACAACCAGUUACUCACAUCCACAAGCGGGACCUUAUUCUCAUAACCAUAUGAUGGCUCACAUGAAUCCGCCGGAGGAGAUCGACUACAAGACGAACCGUCACGUAAAGCCGCCGUACUCCUACGCAACGCUCAUCUGUAUGGCGAUGCAAGCCAGCAAGAAGACCAAGAUUACCCUGUCUGAAAUCUACAGUUGGAUCACGGAGAAUUUCUGCUAUUACAGACACGCAGAACCAAGUUGGCAGAAUUCCAUUCGCCACAACUUGUCCUUGAACAAGUGUUUCAUGAAGGUCCCACGGCAGAAGGACGAACCGGGGAAAGGAGGGUUCUGGCAGAUCGACCCCCAGUACGCCGACAUGUUCGUUAACGGCGUCUUCAAGCGCCGGCGAAUGCCCGCCACCAACUUCACCACCCAGCGGCAGAGCAAGCACCAGCUUUCCUCCUGCGGUCAGUCUGGCCAGGGCAGCCAGCACCUUGGCAUGGCCUUCUACCAGGGGACGGGCAUGGACCAUAAGCGGAAACAAGCGCCACCCAAGCGUGGAGGUAGCAAGCUGGCACGGAUGCCCAAGUCCCCGCUACUGGCCACUGAAGCCAAGGGGGCGGACAUGCUCCGUGGGGACUUUGACCUGGCCUCGGUGUUCGACGACGUCCUCAGCAGUGGUGGCAGCACGUUUGAGGAUCUGGACAUCAACACGGCGCUGAGCUCCCUGGGCUGUGAGAUGGAGCUGUCCCCUCAGGGGCAGCACGCCGCCGCCACCCGUGGCAAGUGGUACGCCAGCGAGGACGAGCAGGCCUGUGCCUACCUUGAGGCCAGCAGCAUGAUGGGAGACCUCCAGCAUCAGCACCAACAACAACAGCAUCGACAACUCCACCACCAUCAGCAGCAACAGCAUCUACAGUCCCAUCCACUCUACUACGAGGGCAUGACUCUAUUCUCAGAUCAGCACCAGCUGCACCCUUGGGAGGAGAUCAAGGAGGAGCCUCAGCCAGUCCCACUGUCCCUGGACCAGGGCUUUGGGUUCUCUGAGGGCUUCUUUUCAGAGAUGCAGCUGUGGGAGAGGGCGGAGUCAUAUAUGUAGCCCUGAGUAUGUCACAUGACAGGAAGUCAGUUGUCCAACUCAUAUCUCACCAGAUCAGAUAUGCAUUGUCUUUGCUGGUCUGAAGACCUACAGACUUUUGUUUUGCUACAUUAGCAUAAUUAUUCUUCAUAUAUAUAUGUAAUGAAAAAAAAAAUCAUUUUUGAUUCUGUUUUUUUUUUAC